CAGACACAAAACAGGUCAGAGUACUGAAAAAAGAGGAUCCUAUCUCAAUUUCUAUAAAAAUGGCAUUGCGGAACCUGAUGUAAUCUACAACAAGAUCAUAUAACGUUGAGGAACAUCUAUAAAUUUGCAACACUCGUGAAGUUUUUUCACUCUGCAUUAUUUCGCUUAGCUGAGUGGAAACAAGAAGCACGUCGUUUUGACAUCAUGCUUAACCUUUCUGUCAAUGUGCAAACCAUUUUGGCGGGACUUACCAUUGGUCUCCUGGUGUAUUACGUCAUCAAACGAAUGCGGUAUCGUCUGCCACCAGGUCCCUGGUGCAUUCCACUUGUUGGGCAUUAUCAAGUCUACAGCUCAAAGGCGAUUCUGCAUAAGGUCACUGAGCUUUCCAAGAAAUAUGGUCCAGUUUUACGGCUUUCAUUUGGUCCCCAGACGUGGAUUAUUCUGAAUAAUAAUGACGUCGUUAUAGAGGCAAUGGUGAAAAAGAAAGCAGAUUUUGCUGGAAGACCAAAAUUUAAUUCAGGUGAAGUUUUUACCGAAGGAGGAAAAGACAUUGCUUUUACAAAUUAUUCACCAACAUGGAAAUUCCACAGGAAAGUAGCAGGCAAAGCUUUGAGGCAUUAUUUACAAGGGAAUCUGCUUGAAAAUAUGAUACAAGACAACACUAAAAAAUUUCUGGCUAAAAUGGCAGAGGAGAAAGAACCAUUCUAUUUCAAAGACUACGUUAAUCUAAUGAUUUUCCAUCAGCUGUAUACUAUCUGUUUCGGAGAAAAGCGUCCUGUCGAUGACCCGGAAGUAAAAGCUUAUCUGAAAUUGGAUAACGACCUCCUUGAACUUUUCGGCGCUGGUCUUUUAGAGGAUAUAAUUCCAUUUCUGAAAGAUAUCUGCCCCACGGCUAAAUGGAAGAAAGUCACUAAAAUGAUAGAUGAAAUUCUUCAAAUGCUUCACAAGAAAUUUGAUGAACACAAGGAAACCUUCUCCCCAGAUAUCAACAGGGACUUCAUCGACAGUUUGCUGAUGGCCAGACAAGAAGCCGAGAACGAGGGAGACGAAGCUGCGUUGGAGAGAUUGGACGAUACAUACCUGGUUCAAACCAUUUCAAAUAUAUUCUUUGCUGGCGUUGAUACCACUAGAUUUACAAUGGACUGGUUUGUAUAUUUCAUGACCAGAUAUCCGGACAUCCAAAUCAAAUGCCAAGAGGAAAUUGACAGAGUUGUCGGUUCUGGACAUCCAACCAUGAAGGACCGUAACAGCUUGCAUUAUACAGAGGCUUGCUUGUUUGAAACUUUGAGACUCGGACAUGUUGUAGGACUUGGGGUACCACACAUGACUAUUUGUGAUACACAAGUUGGAGGUUACGACAUUCCGAAAGGGACUAUAGUUGCUAUUAAUGUGUGGGCUCUGCAUACUGACACAAAAUACUGGAAAGACCCCGAAAAAUUCGAUCCAUACCGUUAUCUUGAUGAAGAAGGAAAAAUAAAGCCAACAAAACCAGAGAGUUGGCUCCCUUUCUCGGCUGGCAGGCGCGUUUGUCUUGGGGAAACAGUCGCUAAACCGGAACUCCUGCUGAUGUGCGCAAACUUACUGCAGCGUUUUGAUAUUCGUCUCCCAGAUGGUGUGAAAGCCAAUCCAGAGCCUAAUAUGAAAGGAUUUGGAAUAGAAGUCCCUUCCGAUUAUAAAAUCGUCGUGAAGGAAAGAAUUCGGAAUUGAAGUUUGAAGAUAUAUCUGUUAAUAUCUGAACAAUCAAAAAGACUUACAUAAUAAUAUAAUUACAUGUACACUGUAUUACAUGUAUUUUCUGACUUGUACUGAUAUGUCAUAUAAAUUUAUCCUUCUUCCUUGCAUGCGAUUAUUGUACCGGUAACCCUUUUCAUCGUUUUAAAAAUGUGUUUGUAAAUAGAUUUCUUAGAAUACGUAUGAAUAAUGUAAUCAUAAUAUAUAUUUAAGUCCGGUAGUACAAAAGUGUGUUUAAAAGAAAAUAAAAUUUAUUAAUCACCAAAUUAGUGUUUUAAAAUUUCAAUCAUUUUGUGCAAAAAAUCUGUAGAAGAAAGAAGAUGGAGGGUCAACAACAAUAUAAGCAUAAUAUAAUAAAUAUUUGUACAGUG